UGCGCACUUUGGGGAAAGCGGAGCUGGACCCCGCCCCAUACCGCUGCUUUGCUCCUCCACUGUGCGAGCGAGGGACGUCGGGGGCGGCGCCGCAGCAGUUGCCCCUGGUAACGGGGGAGGCAGCAGCAGGAGCAGGAGGAGGAGGAGGAGGAGGAGGAGGGAUUCGGCGGGAGGAUGGGCUUACUUUCAAUUUUGCGCAAAUUGAAAAGUGCACCAGACCAGGAGGUGAGAAUCCUUCUCCUGGGCUUGGAUAAUGCUGGCAAGACUACUCUUCUGAAGCAGCUUGCAUCUGAGGACAUCAGCCACAUCACACCUACACAGGGUUUUAACAUCAAAAGUGUACAGUCACAAGGUUUUAAACUGAAUGUGUGGGACAUUGGUGGACAGAGGAAAAUCAGACCAUACUGGAGGAAUUAUUUUGAAAAUACCGAUAUUCUUAUAUAUGUAAUUGACAGUGCCGACAGAAAAAGAUUUGAAGAGACGGGUCAGGAACUAGCUGAAUUACUGGAGGAAGAAAAGCUAAGUUGUGUGCCAGUGCUCAUCUUUGCUAAUAAGCAGGAUUUGCUCACAGCAGCCCCAGCCUCUGAAAUCGCAGAAGGACUGAACCUGCAUACCAUCCGAGACCGAAUCUGGCAGAUCCAGUCUUGCUCAGCUCUCACAGGAGAGGGCGUUCAGGUGAGAUUACAGGACGACUUGGUCACUGGCAACAUGGCAGCCAACCAAGGUGGUCUGUCUCAUUGGUUAGGCUGAUCUAGAUAGAAAAAGGUAUGAAACAAAUAGAUGAACCAUUCCAAGAUGAGAGAGCAUGGAGGCAUAUGGGUCUUUUCUACUUAGAAAGCAAUCAGAUAUCAUGACAUGUUUCAAGAGAGCCACAGAUAGGCCAUCCCACAUAUGCAACAAGCUUUCCCUGUCGGGUAGAAUGUCAGAACAGAAGACUUUGAAUAUUGUUUCUAACUCUAGGAUUCUUGAUGAUUGUGUUGGGGUUCUGUGUUGUG